AUUUCCCCAAUUAAAUCACUCAGGUCUUCGACACUCCUAGUCCUGGCUCAUAUACUCUUAUGUCUUCAGUUCACCUGGAUGAGCGAAUGUAGGUAGAUAGUCGAAGAAGAUGAUCAUGGCGAAGGUGUUCAAGGGAGCCAACGUGUUCAUGUCGCGGAACCUGGUUCCGCCGGAGCACUUCGACGCUCUUCACGACGCGCUCAAGCUCAACGGAGCUCAGGUCUUCCUCUGCUGUGACCCCUCCCGCAACGCGCCCGACGACUACCACAUCAUUUCCUCUAUCGAUCAUGAGAAAUUCGAGGAUCUCCGCUCCAAAAAAUGCAAUUUGAUUGGUCCUCAGUGUGUGCUUUUUUGUGCCAAGGAACAGAGACCACUGCCCAAUCAAGGUUUUACAUGUUGCCUUGCAAUGGACGGAGUCAAAAUACUGGCAUCUGGUUUUGAAGCGGAUGAAAAGGUUGAAAUAAAAAAGCUAGUAGAAGCAAUGGGAGGAGUUUUGCAAGCAAAAGCAUCAAUGGAUGUAAACUUUGUCAUUGUGAAGAAUGUUUUGGCUGCAAAAUACCGAUGGGCAGUAAAUGUACUGAAGAAACCAAUUGUUAGUAUUAAUUGGCUGCAUCAAUGUUGGAAGGAGCAUCGCUUUGUUCCUCAUGAGUCAUUCAGGGUCCACCCUUUUUCUGGGCUCACCAUCAGUGUCACCAGAAUUCCUGCAGAUGAGAGGAAGGAGGUGGAAAAGAUUGUCUUACAAAAUGGAGGCAAAUAUUCUCCCGAGCUGACCAAAGCCUGCACACAUUUAAUUUGCCCUGCUCCUGUAGGUGAUAAAUACAAUGUUGCCAAGAGUUGGGGUCACAUACGCAUAGUUACCAAGAGGUGGCUUGACCAAUCUGUUGCCAGAGGAGCUUGCCUUAAUGAGGAGUCCUAUCGUAUUCAGGGCAGUUCUGCAUCUAUGAAUUCAGUAAGAAUAAAAAACCGACACAGCUUGGAGAAUGUUAUUGAGAGUGUUCAAAGUAUGUCCACUGCAACUGUAUCGAACUCUCAUGCUGUGGAUUCAGAUAUGGGGGCCACUGAUUGUCAGAACACGUCUUCAUUUUCCGGUGCUCCUUUCUUUUCCAAAGGGGAUGAAAGUGAUGCACCCACUGAACAGCAAAAAAAUAAUACUAAUUUUGAUGGAUGUGUUGCUGGUGACUCUCAAACAGAUGAUAAUGAUUUAUACUUGUCAGAUUGUAGACUUCUAAUUCUUGGUUUUAGUGCACCUGAAAUGCGUAAACUUGUCAACAUGGUUCGUAAAGGUGGUGGUUCUCGUUACAUGUCAUUCAGUGACAAGUUGACACACAUAAUAGUUGGAUCUCCAUCUGAGAUUGAAACCAAAGAAAUAAGAAAUCUUGCAGCUUUGGGUGUAAUUCAUGUUGUAAAACCAGAUUGGCUUGCAGAUUGCAUUAGUGAAAAGAAAGAAGUUCCUGUUCUUCGGAAGCAUAUUGCAAAUGAUUUACUUUUUCCCAGAGCGAGCGUCGCUGUUGUGAAGCAAGGAAAAUCAAAUGAAAAUGUUCAGCACUACAAGAAUUUUGGAUCUGGAAAUUUACUGGAGAAGAGAAAAGAAGUAGAAAACAUAAAAAACAAAGGAGCUUCUCAGAUAGAAAAAGGAUCACUCCAACCGCAGUUCUGUACUUUGAAUUCUAAAGAAGAGAGGAAGAUGCAGGCAAGUUCCAGCACAGCAGCUGAGGAUAAAAAGUCAUCUAUUGUAUUUAAGGGAAAGCGAUUUUGCUUUUCAAGCUCCUUCCCUGCUAAUCAGAGAGCUGAUAUUAUAGGGUGGGUGAAUCAAGGGGGAGGAGAGUUGGUGGAAGAUCAGAUUCAAAGAGAUGUGCAUUUCACUAUUGAAUGUCAUGGUGCGGUGCCCUCUCAGACAGAUGCUGCUAGGGUUACGUAUGUGUCAAGUCACUGGAUUAAAUCUUGUUUAGAGGAUGGACACUUGCUGGAUGUUGGCAGUCACAUCAUCUAUUCUCCACUUCCUUGUCAAGUACCUUUCCCUGCAUUUAAGGGCUUUCGUUUGUGUGUUUCACAGUAUGAUGUAAAAGAAAGGCAACUGCUAAGAAAUUUAUGUGUUGUCCUUGGAGCUAAGUUUGUUGAGAAAUUGACUACUAGGGUCACACAUUUAUUAUGUAAAUUCACCAGUGGCCCAAAAUAUGAUGCUGCUUGUAAGUUACGUAUCCAACCAGUAACUUGUGAGUGGAUUUACGAGUGCAUUAAGCAGAACACAAUUGUUGCUCCAGAUCCAUUCUAUCCAAAAGAAGUAACUACUGAAGAUCGAGAAGCUGGAAUUUGCACAACGAGCCAGUUUCCUACACAAGCUGUUCAGAUGAUAUCUGAGGAUAAUGUUUCUCAGCUUCAAAAUCAGUCUAAAGAAAUCAACAGUGUGAAUAGUGAAGCUUUCACUGCCAGAAGUUCUGCAAGGGAAGAAAUGAAGUAUUUGCCCAGUAGUAGCAAGAAGGCAAGGCUCUUAGCAGAUGAAAAACUAAAGUGUCCGCUAUCAUCUCUAUCCAAUCAAAGUGAUGCUAUAUCUGGGGCAAACCCUCCAAAUAACAGGAGGAUGGAAAGCACCAAAGAUUGUGCUAUAAUGACCGAUGUAGCUAACCUUAUUGAGGAUUGUUUAGAGCAAACAAGCAAGAAUCACAAUCCAAAGUCUCCAUCAAGAAAUGGCUGUGAUAAAGACCUCUUCACUUCUGAGUGUACAAUUCUUGGUCAAGAUCAUGCAGAACCGCAGUCUGCUCUGAGAUUGUCUGAGCACUGGACAAACAGGUAUUUUCUCCCUGAACUUUUUACGGUGAUGAACUGGACAAUCUCUAUGAGUUCAACAUUUACAUUAUGGUUUUCACUUUUCACCUCAGAUUUGAUAAAAAGGACGACUCUCAACCUCUUCAUGAAGAUGUACCUGCUACUGCCUUUUACGAUGGAUUUAGCGAUCCCCAAACAGAGUCUCAGGUGGUUAGUUAUGCGCAAGAUUUGUCCGGUAUGCAAAUGAUUAUAGACCGGGUACGGACAAGCAAUCCUAGCAUGAAUUAAAGGCCUGAGAUGAAGAUGUACUUUAUAUCCUCCUAGAUGCUUUGUCAGGCCAGAGCGUGUGUGGCUUUUGGGGUUGGGAAUUCAACCUUUUGGGAACAAUUAAAGGCUUGAGAUUCAUUUAGUCGAUCUCGGGGAUACUGGGUAAUCACAGUAGUGAUUGUAGCUGGAGGGUGAUGAAUGGUAAAGUUCAUCUAUCUGGUGGUUAUGACACCCCUAUAAUGAUAUAUGAUGCAGAAGAAACAUUGUGACAUUUGGUCGGUCCUAAUUAUAUUAGGAUCCAAAGCUCACUUUGUAGAGGAAACUUGUAUAAUGUAGUCUUUUCUUUGAACACUUAUUAGUUUGGUACUCUUCAGUUUAUUGCAUCAAAUUAUGAAUGAUUGUAAUUUAACGAAUCCGCUGUUAUAAACAAACGUCAAAAUUUCUACCC